AUGCAUGUAUUAUUUUCUAGUUCAACUCGAUCUGCAAGGACUUUCAAACCAAAGAAGCACAUUCCUGAAGGAACUCACCAAUAUGAUUUAAUGAAACAUGCUGAAGCUACACUCGGAAGUGGGAAUCUUCGACAAGCUGUCGUACUGCCAGAAGGAGAGGACCUCAAUGAAUGGAUAGCUGUGAAUACUGUAGAUUUCUUCAACCAGAUAAAUAUGUUAUAUGGUACAAUAACAGAAUUCUGUAUGCCAGAAACGUGUCCAGUUAUGUCUGCUGGACCAAAAUAUGAAUACCAUUGGGCAGAUGGAACGACCGUGAAGAAACCAAUCAAGUGCUCUGCUCCUAAGUAUAUAGACUAUUUAAUGACGUGGGUUCAAGACCAGUUAGAUGAUGAGAUGUUAUUCCCAUCUAAAAUAGGUGUUCCGUUCCCGAAGAAUUUCUUAUCAGUUGCAAAAAUCAUCCUCAAAAGAUUAUUCCGUGUGUACGCUCACAUUUACCAUCAACAUUUCAAGGAAGUUAUCAAUUUACAAGAAGAAGCCCAUCUCAAUACGUCUUUCAAACAUUUUGUUUUCUUCGUUCAAGAAUUCCAGCUGAUUGAUAGGAGGGAGCUUGCGCCACUUCAGGAGCUUAUUGAUCGACUGACAAACAAGUAG